AGAGGGAGGGAGCGAUAGAGAGAGAGGAGGGAGGGAGAGAGAGAGAGAGAGCGCUGCUAUUACUAGUGACAGAAAGCGGCAGCGAGCACAUCCAGUCUGGAGAGCAGCUGAUGCGACAAGAUGCUGAGCAUCGCCUUGCUGUGUGUGUGCGCCUUUGGACACGUCUGCGCUCGCUCCGACAGCGGCAAUUUUUUGGAUGAUAAGUGGCUCGCCGGGAGAUGGGAUAAAUUCCGGGAUGAAGUGGAGGAGCCUGGAACGUGGUCUCCAACCAAGUCCUUCGAUCAAGGCCUUGAUCCAGCCAAGGACCCCUGUCUGAAAAUCAAAUGCAGUCGCCACAAGGUGUGUGUUGCAGAGGAUUACAAGACGGCCACUUGUGUCAGCCAGAGGAGAGUUAGUUUUAAAGAUGCCAAUUUGUACCAGAGUCCGGGGUCAAAGUGCACACCCUGCCCCGUGGUUCAUCCUUCACCCGUCUGUGGAACCGACGGCCACACCUACUCCACCAAGUGUAAGUUAGAAUAUCAGGCGUGCAUCACAGGGAAGAAGAUCGCUGUCAAGUGCUCCGGCUUGUGUCCCUGCCCCUCUCAGCCUGAACUGAGCUCUGCGGAGAAGAAAGUGUGCAGUGAGUCGGACCUAAAGGAGGUGGUGAGUCGUCUGAGGGACUGGUUCAGAGUUCUGCACGAUAACGGCAACCACAAGAGAGUCAAGAUCCAGAAGCCGGAGAAGAACAAGUUUGAGGUCGGGGCGUCACCUAUUUGCAAGGACCCUCUGGGCUGGAUGUUCUCCCGCUUGGACACAAACUUCAACCUCCAGCUCGACCAACCAGAGAUCAAGAGCCUGUACCUGGACCGGAACGAGCCGUGCUCCGACGCGUUCUUCAAAUCCUGCGAUACACAUGCGGACAAAGUCAUAACCAGCUCCGAGUGGUGCACGUGCUUCCAGAGGUACACAGAUUCUCCUUGUAAAGCAGAGCUGUCCAGCAUCAACAAAAAGCAAGCGGGGAAGAAGCUUCUCGGUCAGUAUCUGCCGUCCUGUGAUGAGGAUGGUUACUACAGGUCCCACCAGUGUCACAGCAGCAGCGGACAGUGCUGGUGUGUGGAUCACUAUGGCAACGAGGCGGCGGGUUCACGCACCCACGGCCCUGCAGACUGCGGCGUGAUUCUGGAGUCCUCUGGAGACCCCGGCAGUGGAGACUCGCUCUUCACAGACGACGAUGAGGAUUCGUUUGUCCUCAACGACCAGGCUGGGAUGGACGAUGAGGACGAUGAAGACGAGGACGAUGACGACGAAGAAUAUCUGUCGUAAUUUAAAAAAAACAAAACAGAAAACAAAAAAAAGAAGAGAAAACUGUUUCUUUUUGUUUGUUUGUUUGUUUGUUUGUUUGUUUGUUUGUCAAACUGCACGUUUCUAGGUGACUCCCCCAGGCAGAUACUUAAUCGUACUAACAGCCUAUGGACUACUCUCUGUGUAUCGUUUGUUCAUACGUUAAAAAAAGAAAAAACAAUACUUAUGGCAAACGUUAAUGAUUUUUUUCCCUCUUGUCUUAAGUAUAAAUUUGAUUGGCUAAUGGCACUUGUUCACUUGUGUGCCAGCCAACCAGAGAAAAAGACGAGGACUAUUUCGACAACCACUCCAGCGCUUUGGAUUUGGUCACUUGUGCAAAGACUUGUCCCGUCAUUGGACGAUCCAUGUACUCUAGUGUGUCCCGUCUUUGUGCAGCACUCCGACGCCUGAGUGUGUUGACACCCGAGGCGCAAUGUUAAAGAGAUUUCCCCCCUUCUUCAUCCUCUUCAUCCUCUUCCUCCCCCCGUUUUCUCCUUAUCAAAUGUUCCUGUGUAUAGGUGGGAUGUUGAUGAUGUAGAUAAGAGAAUAUUGCACUCUAGGUUUCUUUUGAUCUUGAUUUGUAACUGUGACUGUAACUGUGUGAAAAAACAAAAAACAAGAUAAGAGUUAGACAUGCUUCAUUAGGGGAAAUAAGGCAAGAAAAAAAAAACACAGUGUGAGUUGGAUAACGAUCAGAACCGACAUGCGAGCUGUUUUCACCGAGGCACAAAUCAAGUCAAAUCAUCUCAGCAACGAGGACAGACAAAUUACUGCUUGGUCGGUGGUGUUGGGGGAGGCGGGAAAUGUCAUUAUUAUCUAUUUUUCUAAUCCACCGUCGGAUGAAAACAGAAGAUGAAACAGAUUUGUCGUAGUACGCCUCAUACUGCGCGACGUCGUUAGAAACCGGAGGCUAAACUCGAAAAAAUCAGAACGAGGCUCGAGGUCGGAAAAAAUUCCCCCCGAGCUGGCGCGCAGAUAAAGCUACACUUAUAUCGUCCUAAACUGCUUAAGCCAGACAUCUGUGUGAUGAAAAUGUCGACUGACUUUUAAUGCGUCAGUGAAAGGAGGCGCCUCAAAGUAAGCGUUGUCGGAAGAAGACACAGUGGUUUGUUUUUCUUUCUCAUUUUCAGAGACUUCAUUUGAUUUGAGCACGCGGUGACAGAACAAAUCUCUUUGCACAGAAAUAAAUUUAAAAAACCACACAGCCGUGCGGACCUGUUGAUGGCGCCUGGCAGGGGGAUAAAGGGUGAGGUGUGCCUUGUACUGGGGAGGACAGAUGGCAGUAAGAGUUGGGAGAAGCAUGCUUACCGGACCGACUUAAGCUCCGUCAUUACACUUACAUAUAGGAUUGGCUUUACUGUUGAGCUCCGAUACUUUUGGUACGGCUCGUGUUUUGGGUCUCUCUCUUAUUACGGUGUCACAUACAGGCCAUAUUUCAGAUCGUUUGGGUUCUUAGCUAGAAUGUAAAGAAGCACAGAGAUAACUAGCAGUUAAGGCAACACUUAGAUUCUGCUGGAUUUCAACAUGUUUUAUAUAUUAGUACACCGGCUAGAGGACGCUUUGGUUAAGACAGCUUUAUAUGAAAAUAAAAUAUUCAUCCUAACAGUGUUUUUGCUUUUACUCUGUUUCCAAAAAAAAAAGAAGCUUGAUUUGUACCUGAUCUGCUCUAACUGCGUGUAGUGUAUAUCUGCUGGGGUUGAAAACAGGAACCGAUCCCGGAUUUGUGUAUUCUUGAUAAAGUGACUGGUUAUGCAGACCUGGGACCUGCUGUAUCUAUAUUUUCAAUUCCUUAAACUGCUGUGUCGCUUCAUUUUGAAUCGAAAUUCCUGUUGAAAUUCCAUGUUAAGAGCUGAAAAGUGCCAUUUAAUUGUCCUUUAGCAUCCUCACUAUUAUUAUUAGUACCAUUAUUAUUGUUAUUGAUGCAUCUUUUGCUCCCCUCGUUCCUUUUAACUUGGAAUUUCAAUUCGCUUUACGGACUGGAGAAACCUGCAGUCCUAAAGUGUUGCUGUUACAUGAGUGUGAUGACAUGCAAAUCAUCCUAAUGACCUCAGACACUGUAGCCACUCUCAACCAAUCACACACUGUCGUCACAGCUCUGAUAGAGUUCCAAGGUUAUGAUACAGAUGCAUUUUUUACAGUGUAUGUAUGAUUUGCUGAAAUAAAGGCUAUAUUGACCAAU